AUGUCUACCGUCUCAUCGUCAGUCAAUAAUCCGUCGGGCCAAGGAAUACGACAUUCCGCCCGCCAGACACGUACAAAUCCGUCUCGGACCUCCAAAACCAUCGGACGGUCAUCCUUCGCGUUUGGCCAAGGCUCGACAAAUGAAAUCCCUCCAACAUCCCCUGUUCCUCACGGCUUCUAUCCUGCGCUUACGCAUUUUACCGAUGCUAUCACAGCGCUUCCGCGCGAGUUCCGUCGCCACAAUUCUCUUCUCAAGGAAGUUGAUGCGAAAGCGUGGGCCCUCGAGGAAAAUUUGCUACAGUUACUCCAGUUCUCCUCCCAAUCGCACCCCGUUCCUCAUCCUCCUCACCCGGCGCCUAUUGUCGGGGGUGUAAUUCGGGAGGAUGUCUUGCCCAAGGAUCUAUCCCAACCAGCGGAAUCGCCCGAUAGCCAAAGCCGCCGGCUUCUCUUUGAUCGUGUUCGUCAAAGCCUCUCAGAUCUGAUGAUGACCGCCGAUGAGAAGAAUCACGUCAUUUCAAAUGCGAACGAGGAACUAGAUCGUCAAGUUGUCCGACUGGAUACAGUGUUCCCAUACAUUGCAGGCGAGAUCAGCGAGGAGGCUCGGCUAGGCAGCCUGACACACUGGGCGUAUUCAAAUAAGAGUACCGCAAAGGCAGCGACCAACGAACGCCCGCGCCGAGAAGCAGUAGCGCAAAGGCAGGAUCUAUCGCACGUACUUCAAGAGGCUGAAGCUGCUAGUCGCAGUGAGGCGCGACGCGAUGCCGUUUUGGCACGGAAGCAACGUCGGGCACAGGCCGAUGCGGAUUACGAGGAUACGCGCAGCUCGGGCGCCCGCAAGACCAAUAGCGGGAAAUCUCGAGGGGGAGAUCACGCGGCUGACCCGAGCGUACCCAAGCGUCGCAAGGUGGAACGACCAUUACCGGUAGACACUAGUGUACCGAUGGAACGCUCUGCUAGCGGCGCUGGGAGCCAGAGAGCUGCGAAUAAAGACCCAGCAGAGAAGAAGCGCUCUCGUGCUCCAAAUCAAGCCGCUGCUGCACGUAAAAAGGCCAACGCUUCCAAUGCUGCAUCGCCCGUUCUGGCCCCAUCACCUUUGAUUGGGACAUUUAAUGGCCCGCGUGGUGCCGCCAGUCCAGGACCCAACACAUCAAGACCACAGUCUUCACGAGCCCAGCAGAAUUCCGGAACUACCACCAAUUCUCGCGCACGGCCAACAUCGUCGGCCUCAAAUCGCCCUAACAACAGUAUGCCGUUUCAACCACUUCUCCCGGACCCAGUAAUUAACCACAUCCCCUUCGCAGACAAAAUUGCCGAUUCCCGAUCUAUAACCCGGGACGGACCCAUCAAAAAUGAACUCGUUCACGCAGACACACACCGCGACUAUGAAGGCGACGCCAACGGUAGAACAUCCGUUUCCGCGGGCUCCAAGCGCGAGGAUGUGGAUGGAAAAGCCGGUUCUGCCGAGCUCGAGACGACCAAGGGACGCAACUCCAAGACAUCGACCCCUAUCCUCCCCGCAUUCACAGAGCCCAGCCAACAACGCGCAAGGCCCACGCGAAGUCAAGACCCGGCCUCUACCAAACGAACUCAGAAGAAGCCAAUUCCACAACCUACGAUACCCUCUGACGACGAGUCGCUUCAUGAGGGCGACGACGAAGACGAGGAGGGUGAGCCACGCUACUGUUACUGUAAUGAAAUCAGUUUCGGUGAGAUGGUUGCUUGCGACAACGACGCCUGUCCGCGCGAAUGGUUCCAUCUGUCGUGUGUGGGCUUGACGAAACCGCCUGGGAAGAAUGUUAAAUGGUAUUGUAAUGAGUGCAAGGAAAAUAUGAGACGGAGUCGCAAUGGGCGGUAA